AUGGGCGCUGCGUUGGAGCUGGGGGCCGCGGCGGAGCGCUCACUGUUGUUGUGCGCUCUGCUGCUAGGUGGGGGCUGCGCGUUGGGUCUACGGCUGGGACGCGGGCGGGGGGCAACGGACCGCGCCAUGAUAGCCUGGCUCUGCUAUGACGCCCUGGUGCACUUUGUGCUGGAAGGUGCUUUUGUCUACUUGGGUCUUAUAGGAAACGUUGCAGAAUCAGAUGGCUUGCUUGCUUCAUUAUGGAAAGAAUAUGGUAAAGCUGAUGCAAGAUGGGUUUAUUUUGAUCCAAACAUCAUGGCUGUGGAACUUGUGACUGUUUUUCUGGAUGGAUCUCUGGCAUUGUUUCUCAUUUAUGCCAUAGUCAAAGAGAAAUAUUAUCGGCAUUUCGUACAGAUUACCCUGUGCGUGUGUGAAUUGUAUGGCGGGUGGAUGACCUUCUCCCCAGAGUGGCUUAUUGGAAGCCCCAACCUCAACACCAGCAAUUGGCUCUACUUUUGGGUAUAUUUGGUAUUUUUUAAUGGUGUGUGGAUUGUGGUGCCAGGACUGUUACUAUAUCAGUCAUGGGCAGAACUCAAGAAAAUGCAUCACAAAGAAACCCAUUCAGGGAAAAAGUUUCAUUGA